AUGGGCUUCCUGCUAGGAGCCGUAACUUCACCAGUGGUGAGGGGACGGGUGGAGGAGGAGCUGUCUCCUGAAUGCAGAGAGUUCCUUUACAUGGGCACGCCGCCAACGGGUCUGGAAGUCCAGUCUGUCAAGUACAUUUGUCAGGUGUACAAGAGCAAGCCACGCUACGUGACUCUGUACAGCGUGGUGGACCACAUACCCAUCUACUCUGCCUACACCUUCAAACGCACGGACGGGGAGUUGUGUGUGGAUGUUCCCUGGAUGUAUGAGCCACAGCUUUCCACUUCCUCUGAAACCAAUGAGAUGCAGCCCUUCCCCACUAGCUACAAGCACCUGAGCUUUGAAGACGCCCAAGCAGUUCUGGAAGACUAUACCAAUGCCAUACACUACCAACGCGGCACCCUGAACCCGGAGGAGCACCAGAAUGAUCUGGAUGACAAGGCCUCCACCUAUACCCUCACCAACGUGGUGCCGAUGGUGCCCGAUGUCAACAACAGAGUCUGGCACGAGCAGGAGCAGGUGGUCCGCCAGCGCCUCAACAACUACUGCCUGGGAAAGGCUUACAUCGUCACGGGCGUCACCACCAUGGGGAGGAUGAUCCGCAGGGAGAACAUGGAUCGCAUCGCCGUGCCCACCUACUUGUGGUCGGCCUACUGCUGCACCGAAUAUGACCACAACGCUCCCUUUGACGAGCGGUACAAGCUGCCGUCGUUCGCUCACUAUGGCCUGAACCAGGAGGAGAACAAUGAGGUGGUAGAAAUUACCGUCCCAAACCUGAAGGACUUCCUCAAGAGGACUUUGUUUGUGAACCAGAACUUUCAGAUCUUUGUGGGGGACUGCAUGCCCUCAUCUGGUCAAACUUAUUGAGAUUAAUGUGAUAAGCUACUUGGUGUCUUGUUGCAGAAAAAUACAACUAUCAAUGCUCAAAUUUC